AUGUUGGAUAAAUACGAUCCCUCUACCUACAACCAUCAAUACGCUCAAAUCAAUGGCAUACGUAUGCAUUAUGUGGAUGAAAACUCGUCUUCUUCAAAGGCCUUGUUGCUUAUCCAUGGUUGGCCUGAUCUUUGGAUUGGAUGGAGAGAGCAAAUCUCUUUCCUCGUAGAGCUCGGUUAUCGUGUCAUUGUGCCUUCUCUCCGUGGUUUUGGUGAAACAGAUGGUCCUGCCGAUCCUGCUGAAUAUGGCUUUGGCACUGUGUCGAAGGAUUUAGCUGGUCUUUUAGAUCAUCUUAAGAUUCCUACAAUCACUGUCAUCGGUCAUGAUUGGGGAGGAGCCGUUACAUGGCGUUUUGGUCAAUUCUACCCCGAGAGAGUCAGAGCUCUUGCUAGUUUCUGUACUCCCUACACAGCUCCUGCUCAACAAGAUGUCACUUUAGAGCAAAUUGUCCAAGUACUUCCCAACUUCAAAUACCAACUGUACUUGGCCACACCUGAAGCUGAAAAGGACAUCAAUGAAAAUGUGGGCAAAUUCUUUCGUCGCAUCUUCCGUCCUGUCGAUGAAAUGAUCUCUCAACCCUUGAUUGACCCCAAGACUGGUAAAUUGGCUGAAGGUCGUGAAGACAGACCUCGCAGUGAAAAGAUACCCGAGAAGGUGAUGAAUUAUUACAUUGAGUGGUAUACCAAACAAGGUGCUCGUGGUGGUUUGAAUUGGUACAAGCAAACACACAACAACUAUGUUCAAUGCAAGGAUUUGGACCCCAUUAUUAAGAAACCUUCCAUGAUGGUCAUUGCUGAACUCGAUAGAGCUUUGCCUCCCUCCAUGGCUGCCAAGAUGCCUGAAUUCAUCCCUGGUGUAGAGAUGCACCUUGUUCCUGGAUCUGGUCAUUGGAUUCUCUGGGAGAAGCCUGAAGAGUGUAAUCAAUACUUGAAGGAGUUCCUCGCCAAGGUUGAUCCUAUCACCAAUAACAAGUUGUAA